UGUGAGCCACAGAAGUUCCUCGCGCUCGAUUUCUUUUUAUUUUAUUAAUUUUUAUAACACUCUAUGCAAAAUGAAUAAAGUGCAAAUUUUACUCGCAUUGGCUCUUGUUGCGUGCUUUUGUGUUACAUUAACCACAUCUUUAAGCUGCUACAUUUGUGAUAGUUCAUCGGGUCAAAACUGCAAUCACACCACAACCACCGCAACUUGCAACUCCUCACUGGCCCAGCAAACAGUGAAGUAUGGUGUCCAAUACUUAAAUGCGAAUUUAACACAGCUGAAUGCAACCAGUUCAACUUACAAUUGCGUCUAUGAUUUAAUUUCAGCAGGCACCACCAAUCACACCUAUCUCGGUUGCGUUUACAGUACGGUGAACAUUUGCAACUUUACACCAAGGUCGUAUACAGCUCGCCACUGCUUAGUGUGCAGCGGUAACAAUUGCAAUCGCAAUCCAGCGGAUCGCGCCACUGGCAGCAUCUUCACAUUGACUGCGGCCAUUGUUUUGGCAUUUGUGGCAAAAAUUAUGUACAACUGAGUGGUCUCCAAAUAUUUUUUUUAUUUUUU